CCCCCUGGUCACAUGACCUGCUCUCCGCUGUCAUACAUCUCAUUCCGCAGCUGCUAGUACAGCACAUCGAGGACCGUCUGCUUUUCUGGGCUUUUUCUCUUUUAACACAAUGGCAACUCUCGUGGCAAACAGAGGAAUGGACGUGAACGGCCUGGCGGGUGCUGCGAGGACACACACCCAGGCUGUGACCAGGAACUACAUCUCUCAACCGAGGCUGACCUAUUCCACCGUGUCUGGUGUGAACGGACCUCUGGUGAUCCUGGACAACGUGAAGUUCCCCAGAUAUGCUGAGAUUGUUCACCUGACGCUGCCAGAUGGCACCAAGAGGAGCGGGCAGGUCCUGGAGGUGAUCGGCACCAAGGCAGUUGUGCAGGUAUUCGAGGGAACGUCAGGAAUCGAUGCCAAAAAGACGGCCUGCGAGUUCACCGGCGACAUCCUGCGCACGCCGGUGUCCGAGGACAUGCUGGGCCGAGUGUUUAACGGCUCAGGCAAACCCAUUGACCGUGGCCCCAACGUCCUGGCUGAGGACUACCUGGACAUCAUGGGUCAGCCGAUCAACCCUCAGUGCCGCAUUUACCCGGAGGAAAUGAUCCAGACCGGCAUCUCCGCUAUCGAUGGCAUGAACAGCAUCGCCAGAGGACAGAAGAUUCCGAUUUUCUCUGCUGCUGGUCUGCCCCACAAUGAGAUUGCGGCCCAGAUCUGUCGGCAGGCCGGCCUGGUGCAGAAGUCCAAGGACGUGAUGGACUACAGCGCUGACAACUUCGCCAUCGUGUUCGCAGCCAUGGGGGUCAACAUGGAAACUGCUCGCUUCUUCAAGUCCGACUUUGAGGAAAACGGAUCCAUGGACAACGUCUGCCUCUUCCUGAACCUCGCCAAUGACCCCACCAUUGAGCGCAUCAUCACACCCCGUCUGGCGCUGACCACUGCGGAGUACUUGGCGUACCAGUGUGAGAAGCACGUCCUGGUCAUCCUCACCGACAUGAGCUCCUACGCUGAAGCUCUGAGAGAGGUCUCUGCUGCCAGGGAGGAGGUGCCCGGACGGCGAGGCUUUCCUGGUUACAUGUACACUGAUCUGGCCACGAUCUACGAACGUGCAGGACGAGUGGAGGGCAGGAACGGCUCCAUCACCCAGAUCCCCAUCCUUACGAUGCCCAAUGAUGACAUCACUCAUCCCAUUCCUGAUCUGACCGGAUACAUCACAGAGGGUCAAGUCUAUGUUGACAGGCAGCUGCACAACCGACAGAUCUAUCCUCCAAUCAACGUGCUGCCUUCACUGUCCCGUCUGAUGAAGUCUGCCAUCGGGGAGGGGAUGACCAGGAAGGACCACGCUGACGUGUCCAACCAGCUGUACGCCUGCUACGCCAUCGGUAAAGAUGUGCAGGCCAUGAAGGCAGUGGUGGGAGAGGAGGCGCUGACCUCGGAUGACCUGCUGUACCUGGAGUUCCUGCAGAAGUUUGAGAAGAACUUCAUCGCUCAGGGCCCGUACGACAACCGGACGGUCUACGAGACUCUGGACAUCGGCUGGCAGCUUCUGCGAAUCUUCCCCAAGGAGAUGCUGAAGAGGAUUCCUCAGAGCACGCUGGCGGAGUUCUACCCCAGAGAGUCUGCUGCUCGCCACUGAGCCACACUCAGGGAUGCUCUGGUUCAACGCCUCCACCCCUUCCCUUACCUUCAGCAAAGCACUUCCCCAGCAGGUGGUAGACGGUCGAUGCUGUCCAACCUUCAUCCAUAACUCUUCAUUCUUCUCCAUGCAUCAGUGCAGCCCCUCCCGGAGGAGAACCAGGCAGAAAGUCUCGCCAUCAUCUAGAUGUACUGUUGUGUAUUUGUGCUCUAAAGUCGUCUGUUUGACUGAAAAGUGAACAUAUCAAUCAUAGGUUUAUCUGGAUCUUCUGCAGCUGGGUGUUCCUUCUCUAUCGUUUUUUUUAAAGAUGUCACACAAUCGUAAAUUAAUAAACUCCUAAAUUAAGAGGGAGAGAUUUGCAGCUUCAUGUCCCCACAUCAGCAGACAGAUUUUAAGGCCUGGAGUCACAGGAAGUGUCAGAUUUAUGUGUUGUUGUCAGGACAGCCUCCCUAACUUGAGCCACAAGCAGAGAUUGGAUGUUUACUGGACGUUUCCUUCAGGUCUUCUCUUGUUUUGGCCCUUGUGUUUCCUCUCAGAGCAUCGUUUACAUUUCUGUUUGGUUGACAAAUAAUAAAUAUAUGAAAUUAUAUUCAACAUUCCCAACUAUCUGCAGAAACUCUUUGUUGUGCAAACAUAAAGGUUUUGUGAGUGUAUGUGUCUAUGAAUAAAUUAAAUUAUAUGUGAAAGCUUU